GGCAUGAAACUUCUUUUCAGUUUUGCGUUUUGUGAACUCUUCCUUUUCGUAGCCUUCCUGUUUUUAAGUCUUUUUAGCAGGAAAUAAAUAUUCGAAGACUACUGUGAACAGAUAUGACUUCUGGUAUUAUUCAAUAUGUUGUUGUAAGGGGAGAUCUCCAUAAGGAUUUAAAUUGGCCGGUGGGGGCGCUGAUCGCCCAAGCCUGUCACGCUGUGACAGCAGUAACUCAUCUUUUUCACGAGGAUGAAAUCACCCAACAGUAUUUGAAGGAUUUGGAUAACAUGCACAAAGUGGUUUUAGAAGCAACAGACGAGAAAAGUUUAAUUAACUUGAAAGACAAAUUAGUGGAAAAUGGUAUUAAGCACAAAUUAUGGAUCGAACAACCUGAGAACAUUCCAACUUGUCUAGUUGCCAAGCCGUAUCUUAAAGAAGAGGUUCAGAAAUAUUUCAAGAAAUUGAAACUAUUUAAAACUUAGAAGUUUAUUAAUUAUAAGUAAUAAAUAAUUUAUAACUUUCA